AUGGAAGUAUUCCAAACCGAAACCUAUUACAUCUUCGUGAAACACAACCGCAGCCUCUGGUGGAAUCGACAAACGAUGCAAUUCAAGGUUAAGAGUGGUUGGGACUUUUCCUCGGUUGACGAUAUCGAGUGUAUCGGUGUUACGCAUGGUAUUGUCGGAACAAUAAUGCUGCCGGGUGUGCUGGAACCACAUUUGAUUGUCAUACGAGAGGUGACACCGGUCGGCGUGUUGUACGCCCCGCAUCUGGUGUACAAGAUCCGGAGCAUCGCGGUGCUCGGUCCGGAUGGUGCAGAUACGCAAUUACUGCCUUGUAGCAAGCAUAACUGCAAUCAAGCGUUGAAAGUGGCACCGGCUGCCGCAUCAGCGGGCAUGCUAGCAGAUCCGACUUUGGGUUCCGCUUCACACAAAGGGCGACUUUUUGAGAGCUCUGCGUUGGUAAAUAAAACGUGGGGCGCAGUCAAGAGUGCCGGCAGCACAAUCCGGAACACGACCGAGAAGGCGGCGGCGAUUGCCACGAGUCAAGUGAAGUCGACCGUCAGUCUGGUGGUGAAAGAUCCGGUGCGCAUUGAGCGACGCGUCAUGGAGGAACUUCACAAGAUUUUCGACGAAACGGACAGCUUUUACUACAGCCCAAACUGUGAUAUUACGAACAACCUGCAGCGUCGCGGUCAGGCGCCCGACGAUCGAUUUUAUUGGAAUAAGAAUAUGGUAAAGGAUUUACUGGCAAUUGAGGACGGUCAACAGUGGGUGCUGCCCAUCAUUCAAGGUUUCGUGCAGGUGGAACAUUGCGUGAUCGGUAAUGAAUGUUUCUCGCUGGCAGUCGUAUCUCGUCGAUCGCGAUACCGGGCGGGUACGCGUUAUAAGCGACGAGGUGUCGAUGAGCUGGGCAAUUGUGCCAACUACGUAGAAACUGAGCAGGUACUAUCGUUGCGCCAGCACCAAAUAGCUUUCACGCAGGUGCGCGGCUCAGUUCCGGUGUACUGGAGUCAGCCCGGCUACAAGUAUCGGCCACCGCCACGACUCGACCGUGAUGAGACAGAAACGCAGCUCGCGUUUCAAAAGCACUUCAGUGCGGAGCUCAGCAUUUAUCAAACUAUUUGCAUCAUCAAUUUGGUGGAGCAAAGCGGCAAAGAGAAAAUUAUUGGUGAUUCUUAUGCGAACCACGUGCUUAAAUACAAUUCGGAUAAGCUUAUCUAUGUCACGUUUGACUUCCACGAGUAUUGUCGUGGGAUGCGUUUCGAAAACGUUUCUUCGUUGAUUGAGUCGCUUGCGCCGGAAGCGGGCUCGAUGGGAUUUCACUGGCGUGACCAAAACGGCCCGAUCUGUAACCAGAAAGGCGUUUUUCGCGUCAACUGCAUGGAUUGUCUGGAUCGCACUAACGUAGUGCAAACCGCGCUCGGUAAAGCGGUACUUGAGUCGCAGCUCGUUAAACUCGGACUUGCCAUGCCCUAUUCCCAAUUGCCAGAUCAGCUGAAAGCACCAUUUAUGGUGUUGUGGGCCAACAAUGGCGAUGUAAUCAGCCGUCAGUAUGCCGGCACGAACGCGUUAAAGGGAGACUACACGCGCACUGGUGAGCGAAAAAUUUCCGGAAUAAUGAAGGACGGCAUGAAUUCUGCCAACCGCUACCUUAUUCAACACUUCGCCGAUAGCUUUCGGCAAACUUGCAUCGAUUUGAUGCUUGGCAAUCUGGGUGAUGCGGACACGUUACCUGAGGAUGACUUCUGCACUGCCAUGGUCGGGAUUGCCCGUACCGCGCUGGUAGCCACCAGUCCUUCGUCGCAAUCCUACUACAACUACGGACUGAUGAGUACUGAAACUAUGCUUCUCGAGCAGUUGCUAACAAGUGCAAGCUAUUAUCUAGCCAGAUUCAAAGACACCUAUCGACAGGCAACGAUCGAUAUGAUGCUGGGUAAUAGUAUUUCAUCGGAAUCCGUCUCCGCGCUCGGCGGCAGUCACACAUCAGCCACAGACGAAACCGAUGCGCUGGAAGGAGCAGAACACGCUCGGCUCCUGGUUGAGGAUUGUCGUAGAUUGCUGCUCGGAACUACUCAGUUGCCAGUCGGUGCGUGGGGUUUGAUUGACGCUGAUCCAACCACUGGCGACCCUAGUGAAACUGAAGUAGACACAAUAUUGAUCCUAAGCGACGAUGGCUAUAUCGUGGCCGAGUACGACUCGCACCUCGAUAAAAUCGUGCGUUUCGGGAACGUUUCGCUCGACAGCCUUACAUUGAUCGAGCUUGGUCUGUUUCAGCACAACAAAAUGUUCCAAGGACCCGCACUCACCCACUUGUGCAUUCGAUUGAACUAUGCCGUCAAUGGGGUCGAUGGUUACUUUCACAUGUUCCGGUCGCCAAACAUACGCUUUUUCAACAACGUGGCGGUUGUAAUACGCAAGCCCGAAGAGAUUACGGAGUCCUUGACCGCAAUCGUAGACCUGUUUCGUAUUGCAUUACAGAACCGCGGCCGCAUUGACGUGCAGUUUCAGUAUGGUGGUAGUUUGCAACGGCGCAAAAGCCGUACACUACUCUCGGUCCCGGGAGGGCUACCACGCAACCUCUCCGAAUCGCAGUUGGUGCAAAUGGGUUCCAAAGCGCUGAGCAGUAUGGCGUCGAAGAUUGGUCAAUCGUUGAAUGCGUCCAAAAUCGGUCGCCCGACCGGGAAACAACACGUGAAGUCUGAAGACGAGUCGCAGGCGGAUGGAGGUCAAAAAAAUCAGUCAGAGGACGCGGAUACAGCGUUCGCUUCAGGUGGUUUGGAGGAGCCUGGGUUCCUCGUUGCUGGGGGUUCACGGUUUUACAAGUUCGAUCGAUCAUCAUCCGAGUCUGAAGAAGCAGAUGCUACCAUCCAUGAGCCGGAGAAUCUGGUAGAGCAGAAUCCUUUGUACAAUGAGAACGUGUUUCUACCGUCAGUCGGAAUUGUGAUGGGUGGGGGAGCGGGUAGCGAGGUUGGUGUGGGCGAAGAGACCGGAAAUUUACUCGAGGUCAGAGAUAGCAUCGCGAAGAUGUCGUCGGACGUAUCAACAAUGUCCAUAUCGUCUGUGGCCGAUCACGUCAACAUGCCGGUUGGGAUGCUCGAAUGUGCUUCGCCAAUACGUGUCGCUAGUCCGACACCGGAAAUACUCAUCGAUGGGUGUAACGAAGGCAGGCUAUUAGGGCACAAUAUGGUGCUGAAUCUGCAACCGAGCGGCACCCAGAGUGACAAUGCACUUCGUCAGUUGAAAAAGCUCACCAGUCCCCUGUCAAACAUUGGCAAAGGUUUGCAGACGCUCGGUGCUAAUUUUGACCCACGGAAGAUUACCGCUAAGAGCGUGGCGGGACCAACUCAGAAUAUCAGCACGGCACUAGACGAAAUCAAACAGCUGGAGAACAAGUGGGAGAAAUCUGGUUGCCGCACGAAAUUGAUCGCACUCUAAAGAGUCCCCACUGGUGAGAAAGCCACACCAAGGUCUUAGCCCGAAGGUGUCCUUAUUUCUUCGUCUUUCCGGAUCCGUCGGUAGUUCGUAAGAUAAUUAGAAUAUCAUUAUAAUUCGCAUCCUUGCGGUAUUCAGCAUUCGAAAAUCGACGUUCUGAAAUUCCCUCUUAAGUAUUAUAAUUAUCUUUAUUUUCUCGCGCACAUAACAAAGUGUAGUUCAGAGUACUUUCUUCAUUAAAUGAAAAUGGUAAACGCAAGAGUUUUAUGCAUCUUACAACUGAGAAAAAUUAAUAUUUAGUUACGCCAUCUAAUGGAUCAAUUGACCUUUCACUUUGUGAACUGUCGAAAUUGCACUAUGGUAUGAUCUCCCACUUUUCGACAUUCUCUGCGAUUAGUGUUGUAAAAGUAUCUGUAAAAACGGGUCGUGCUGUUCUAUCGCCUUGAAACCGAUUUAUUAGUGCAGUGGAGAUGAAUGCUAUACGUUUAAGCCUUCGUUGUCUGCUGAUAUCGGCAAACGAAGAAAAACUUGCAUAUGCCUGGCGAUAAAGUGUCGGUCGACCUUUCAGUGUUGUCGCGGUUCUCAUAGUGCAGGUUGGCAAUACGAUCGUUCGAACCGCGGUAGUGGCGUCGGUUUCACGCAAACGCAGACCGAUGCGAUGCUUUGAGGCAUGUCGUGAGGUUUGCAUUUAGCAUCGGUUUUGAUUGCUAUAAGGACAAGGGCAAAUGCUUGAGGAUAUUGCAUGGCAUCAAAGCUGCGAUAAACAUUGUGAUGAAUAUACGAACACACCGUGAACCGAUUUCGACAAAUCGUAGGGAUGAUUUUUACACCCUCUCAGUCGGAGUAGUCAGUAACGCUCGUCGGUGUCAGGCAGCUGGCGUGGGCUCGAUUACCCAGACCGGCGUGUCGGGGGAGGGUUGGCGUGGGACCAACAACCUCGCCCACAAGAACACAACUAUACAGUAAGCAAUAGAGAUAAAAUAGUCUCUGUUGCAGGUUAAGAGCGCUCGGCGGUUUACAAUUGUAAUAGCAAUUGCCGGAUAGCAAGAAGAAUCGCUUAUCGAGGUAGAGAGCCCAAAAAGAGGAAAAAGAAACAAAAAUUACCGCAUAGUACUCUCUCCCUCACGUAAAACACAUACAAACGAAUGGCUGGAAGAACGCCUUCGACGAGACCUGUAUUAGGAUAUAGUUAUUGUAAACGCGUUGUAACAACACCCUCGAUGCUUUAGAAGAUUCUCUAGAACUCGUUCCGACCCGAUUGGAAUUUAAGUUGCUCUCGGACCAGGUUAAAUGACGGAACUUGUAGCACCUAGCCUCGCAACCGUUCCACGCUAGAAAGCUCGGCUUAUUUCGGUCUGCAAGAUGUUCGAGAACAUCAAUUAAAAUAAAUCAUAGAAUAACGUGCGCAUGCAGAAGAUGCAUCCAAUAUAUACACUCCGAUUGGCUGGAUUAAGAACAAGCAAACCAUUAAACAGUCGUAUGACUUAUGUGAAGUAAAACCAAAGUCAAUUAUGUAUAGCAAGCGCCAAUGCAUAGGACCGUAGAGCAAUAGCACGGCUGGCUUCAGUGGCGCCAAGCAAUGGAGGGAUGGAGGGAUCGGGUGGCAGCAGUUCUUAUGUAGCAUGUUACCCAAGCUCAGUGCUAUUUAAAAUUGGUAAGCAUUUAACAAACGGCGCAAAGCAUUCCCUUGCAGUCGACCAGCGACUAUAACAGUAUAUUGCAUUACCGUAGUGUGAUUAACAAAGCGAAAACUAGGGUCAUAAUUAAACUAGAAAAUUUAUGAACAUAAUAGAGUAGAAGGUUCAGUAGGAAAGGGCAAGGAACAAUAUCUGUAUUUUAGUGCGCUCGAGGAACUUUUGACAUCCCUGUGUUGCUACUCACGGGCUCUUUCAAUUAGCGGCUGAUGCGAAAUCCAAAGACCUGCCAAGCUGAUCGGAUCGGACUCCGGCUACCGUGUCCUUCUCCUUGAUUUUCCUGCUACAGUGCGCUGUGUAAUACGAUUCCCACCACAUCGUCAUCAUGAGUACGUAAGCCUAGCACAAAGGAGUUUGGUAAAAUAGUAAAGGAAGUAAUUCCGACUUCGUUGUACGUUGCAUCGACGUGCACCUUAUUUGCAUAAAUGAAUGCCUCAAGUUGCACCACAGUUAUAGCUUAGUUACAACAAGUAUUAUUAUCACUUACGAUAGGCAUCGAGAGAAUCUUCAAGAGAAAGGAAACAGUUUACUGUGCAACAGGUAUUACAGCAGUAUGCCAAUCGAGCUGCUGUGCGGCCGUGUUUGGGGUAACCCAAUGUUCGAACUAUCCGUUUUUUAUUGUUAAAUGUAUUGCUUUUCUCAUUCAAACAAGCGAACUCAGUGACGGUGACCAUGUUGCGCUAGAACGCGAUUCCGUGCAUCCUUCUCGGCGGCGUAGGUUUUCCAGUAGCAGUAAUAACGAAA